UCUCAUUUCAGUGGAAAACAUAAGCCUGCGAUACUUUCAGCUCUAUAAGGACCCCACUUCAAAAGUCUACUACUGUCCAGAGCUUAAGAGAACAAGAAUUUCCAAGAGUGCUGGUUCCCUGAGAAGGGAAGAGCUCUGUUCUUUCUGCAUCGUGGCAUGAAGCAUGUGUUGAAGAGAGACUGGUGAGUGCCACCACUGCUACACGAAACCAUGGAAUCAAGCAAGGGUUGGCAGCAGAAUGAGGAGACUCCACAGAAACUCAGAUUGAUUUUGGUGGGGAAAAGCGGAAGUGGGAAGAGUGCCACCGGAAACAGCAUCCUUGGCAGGACACAGUUCGAGUCCAGAUUGAGUCCCGUGCCUGUGACACAGGCUGUCCAUAUAGGAAAGCGGGAAUGGGAUGGGAAGGAGUUGGAGGUGAUGGACACCCCUAAUCUCCUGUGCCAUAUGGAUCCUCCUGAAGGGCCCAUCCAGGGCAUGUGCGAGGCCAUAUCCUUGUCUUCCCCAGGCCCACACGCAGUGCUGCUGGUCACACAGUUGGGUCGCUUCACGGACCAGGAUCGCCAGGCAGCCUUGCGCCUUCAGGAGCUCUUUGGAGUGGGCGUGCUGGCCCACACCAUCCUGGUAUUUACCCGCAAGGAGGACCUGGGUGGGGGUUCCCUGGAUGAGUACCUACAAGACCCUGGCAACCAGGACCUUGUUAGACUGGAUACUCUGUGUGCCCGGCGCCACUGUGGUUUCAACAACAGGGCACAGGAGUCUGAACAGGAGGACCAACUCAAGGAACUCAUGAAGCAAGUGGAAGUUGUCCUGUGGGAACACGAGGGGAGAUGUUAUAGCAAUAGUGCAUAUCUGUACUCCCAGAAAAGGCUGCUGGAAAGGGAAGAGCAAGGGAGGCAAACAGUGUCAGGGCCAGAGUCCAAGGAGGAGUUGGAUGAAGAGGCCUGGCUUGAGGAACUGUGCAGAAUCCAGAAGAAGUCUGAGGAAUCUCACAGAUGUGUCCUGGGAAGGGCACACCUUUGAGAAAAGGCUGGACAGUGAACAGGGACAGCUUUUUCUUGCUAGCCUCUUUCAACGUCCAGUUUCCAGACUUACUCCCUCUAUCCUGACUGAACAUGGACCCUCCCAGUCUCAGGUCAUGGUGUCUGCUGUCCUUAAAGGGUGAAGUAUCCUUAGUUCCACUUUACCUCCUAGGACCCUCAUCACAUCUUC